GGACCAAGAGAUGAUUCUACUGAGUUGGAUGAGGUAGAAUAGUGUGAUUGUUUCAUCAUACUUCUCAGAACAGUGUGAACUUUAAGUUACAAACUGUUUAUUUGUGGAAUGCUCCAAUGAAUAUUUUUGAACCACAGUUGACCAGAAGUAACUUAAACCCCAGACAGUGAAACAAUGGAUGAGAAGGAACUACUAUGUCAAAAUAGAAAACUCUGCUGGGGUGGUAAGGAGUGAAGAAAACACAUUUGACCAUUAUUAACAUUGAGAAUAAUAUAAAUUCUCUUAAGUGAAAUGGAGCUCAAAGUAGUUACUCUGCAUGGAUCGAGACAGUGAAGGAUGUAUGAAAAAGAUCAGCAGUGUGAAUCUUGACAAGCUUAUAAAUGACUUCUCACAGAUGGAAAAGAAAAUGAUAGAAACCAGUGGAAAGAAUAAUAUAUUGGAAAUGAAGUUGGAAAAGACUAAGUGUUUGUUAAAAUUAUUGCAAACAAAGGAGGUUGCAAUUAAAGAAGAAUGUACUACUCUUCAUAAUAUGAUAAAAGGGUUACAACAGACCAUUGAAUAUCAACACAAUUUGAAAGGUGAAAAUGAACAACUGAAAAGAACUGCUGAUCUUAUAAAAGAAAAGUUAAAAUCUCAUGAACAGGAAUAUAAAAAUAAUAUUACCAAACUUGUAAAUGAAAUGAAAAUCAAAGAGGAUGAACAUAAGAUAGAAAUAAGCAGUGUUUAUCAGGACAUGCAGAAAAAAGUUGAAUUAAAUGAAGAAAAGUACAAUGAACUAAUAAAGAAAAAGGAGAUGGAAAUUUCAGAGUUAAAAGUAAAAUUAGAAACUCAAGAAAAGAGAAAACAAAAUGAAAUAAUCAAACUACACCUGGAGUUCAAUGCCAAACUAGCAAAAGUUCAGACUAAAUCAAAAUCAUAUCCAGAUGCUACUGUUUUGCCACAGAGUAUCUACAGAAGGAAGCUUCAACAUCUUCAAGAUGAAAAAAACAAAGAGAUUGCAGGUCUUCGUAACACCAUUCGUGAUUUAGAGCAACGCCUUUCUGUUGGCAAAGAUUCUCACCUUAAGCGUAGACGAUUUUGAGUAUAGCAGCAAAUUCAUUAGUUGCUAUUUAAGUUCUUUAAAAACAAUUGAAAAAGUCACGUAUAUUUUAGUUGUAAGCAUACUGCCUAAAUAAUAAAUAAGAGACAGCUUUAAACUUUUUUAUUGAGUUUAUUAAGACAAACCUGUAUGGUAUCCAAAUGUGAACUGCAUUCUCACUUAGUAGUAUUAUCCAUAAAGAAAUUCAGGUUCAUAGGGUUUAGUUUACCUGUUAAACCAUCAUUAAUAUGGAGAUACUCUGAGCAGCCUAAAGAUAGACAACAUUCUUUUCUCUCUCCCCUUAUAUCUUUCAAGACAGACACUAAAAAUUCAGAAGAGUGUGAUGCAAUGUUAGAUAAAGAGGAAGAUACAAAGGCUUUAUUCAUAUGGGAAAGUAAAAAUCAAGAUAUGAGUCUUAGCUAUAAAGAGAUAAAUGCAUAUUUAAAAUGUAGAGACAUAUGCUUUUUAGAAGAAUAUUCAUAUGUUAAGUGUUUCUGAGUCUUAAAAAAAAAACAGAAUCUAUUUCUUUCCUUAAAGACUUAAUCAGCUAAACUGUAAGAUUACAAAGAUAAUGUUUUUGAGAGAUAAGUAAAGAAAAAAUGGAAAACAUGUCUUUGUUGUUCCUUCUCCAUUCUAAAUUACUAAUUAUCCAACAGAAACCCCUAGGUCAUAGUUUACGUUUCUGUUAUCAUUAAUGCAAGUAGAAUGCUGGAAAAAGAAAAAGAAAGACAUAUUAACCAAAAGCU